AUGUUGGCGGAUACUCCGCCAGAGCAAGAAGUAGUUAAAAAGGAAGCCAAAGAAAUCAUGGUUGACACACCAGUAGAAUCAAAACCGAGAGAUCGACCACAAGUAGACGAAAUAGACAAGUCAGUGUCAAACUUCAAGCCAUUCAAUAUUUCAUAUGAGCCGGUGCAAUUCAGUGACGAUGAAGACAGUAAUAGCCUCGUCAAUGGCGAAUCUCCAAAGUCUUCAAAGAUUCAGGCUGAUUACCUUGAAAAGUACGAAAAUCACGUUGGUACCUUGGCUCAACUCGACCAAUAUUAUACGAAAGCAAACAAUUAUGAUGUCUUGGAUAUCGAACAAAAAUUACUUGAUGAUACUAUUACAAAAACUGAGUUAUUGGCAAAUAACUAUAUAGAGAGGGUUGUGGCGGAACAAAUUGUGAAGAAUUCUGAUACAGCUAACGGCGAAGUAGAAAAUGGAGAAAGAAGCUAUAAAUGGGGUAGCACUCGUCUUAGGAGUAGAAAGAUUCAAGAAGAGGAGGAUUUGGCUAAAGAUGAAGAAGAAGCUUCUAAAGCAGCUCCUGUUAAGAGAAAUAGAGGAGGUAGAAGGGCACCAGGCUCAACAACUGGAUCUUCCACCAAUGGAAGGUCUAGAAGCAAUCCUAAAAGAGCAGUUACUUCUGCUACCGCAGCAAAUGAGGAAGAAAGUGCUCCUCCUGCCAAAAGAAGAAGAAGAAGACCAGCAGCAAGCUCAACUAGCGCAGCUGCUUCUACUGAUUCUAAGGCUGCUAAUGCGAAGAAAGAAGAAGAAUCCAAAACUGCAACUGCAACGUCUGCUACUCCGUCUACAGGAGGCAAUGUAAAGGGACAAAGAGUUAUCCAAAAGCAAUACGACAAUACUUUCAUUGCAAUUUGGAAAGAUCUUUCCCGUAAGGAUGGUCCCAAAGUUAGUCGUCUUUUUCAACAAUCAAACCAAGCUAAACUUAUAAAUCUCAAGAAGACCGCCAUUCUUGCAGCAAGAGAAGCAAAGAGGUGGCAAUUGAAAAAUAACAAAAACCAAAAGGAUUUGACGACCAAGGCCAGAAGAGCUAUGAGAGAAAUGUUCAACUUCUGGAAGCGUAAUGAAAGAGUGGAGAGAGAAUUACGUAAGAAGCACGAAAAGGAAUUAAUAGAUAAGGCUAAGAAGGAAGAAGAAGAUAGAGAAGCUAAGAGACAAGCACGUAAAUUAAAUUUCCUUAUUACUCAAACAGAAUUAUAUUCCCAUUUCAUUGGUAAGAAGAUAAAGACUGAUGAAAUUGAAGGAGCAGAUUCUGACCCACAAAUUACCUCUAAGCAUCCAAAGAACUCGCAUUAUGAUAAGUAUGAACAGGUUAAAGGUGAAAAAGUCACUGAAAUUCACAGUAUUGACUUCGAUAAUGAAGAUGAAGAGGCCUUAAAUCAAGCUGCCGCUGCGAAUGCGCAAAAUGCCCUUCAAGCUGCACAAGACAAGGCUAAAUCCUUCGACAAACAACAUAAUAAUGAUGAUGACACUAAUGGCGAUGAAAUGAACUUUCAAAAUCCCACCCUUAUGGGUGAUGUUAAUAUCAAGCAGCCACAAAUGCUUAAAUGCACCUUGAAAGAAUAUCAAGUUAAAGGUUUAAAUUGGUUGGCCAAUCUUUAUGAACAAGGUAUUAACGGUAUUUUAGCUGAUGAAAUGGGAUUAGGGAAAACAGUUCAAAGUAUAUCUGUUUUAUCAUACUUAGCAGAACAUCAUAACAUUUGGGGACCUUUUCUUGUUGUGACGCCUGCAUCAACUUUGCAUAACUGGCAACAAGAAAUCACAAAAUUCGUCCCUGACUUCAAGGUCUUGCCUUACUGGGGAAAUGGUAAGGAUAGAAAGAUUUUAAGAAAGUUUUGGGAUAGAAAAAACGUCAGAUAUGGGAAAGAUGCUCCCUUCCAUGUCAUGGUCACCUCAUAUCAGUUAGUUGUUGCUGAUGUUGCAUAUUUCCAAAAGAUGAAGUGGCAAUAUAUGAUUCUUGAUGAAGCACAAGCAAUCAAAUCUUCUUCUUCUUCAAGGUGGAAAUCAUUGUUAUCCUUCCAAUGUAGAAAUCGCUUAUUAUUAACUGGUACUCCAAUUCAAAAUUCCAUGCAAGAACUAUGGGCCUUAUUACAUUUUAUUAUGCCCUCAUUAUUCGAUUCUCAUGAUGAAUUUAGUGAUUGGUUUUCAAAAGAUAUUGAAAGUCACGCGCAAUCAAAUACUCAAUUAAAUGAACAACAAUUAAGAAGAUUACACAUGAUUUUGAAGCCAUUUAUGUUAAGAAGAAUCAAGAAGAAUGUUCAAAGUGAGUUAGGUGAUAAGGUUGAAAUCGAUUUGUUCUGUGACUUAACCAACAGGCAGAAGAAAUACUACCAGAUGUUGAAGAGUCAAAUAAGUGUAAUGGAUUUAUUGGAAGGAGAAUUCUCUUCUGCUGGCAAUAACAACGGAAGUGGCAAUAAUAAUAAUGCAAAUGGUACGAAUGCCAAUACUAAUAAUGGAACAGGAAAUCCAAUUAAUGGAGAUGGAUCUUCUUCGACCGAUACUUCCCUUAUGAAUCUUGUCAUGCAAUUCAGGAAGGUGUGUAAUCACCCUGACUUGUUUGAAAGAGCUGAUGUUAAGUCCCCAUUCCUGUUUGGCCUGUUUGGUGAGACUUCUUCUUUCUUAAGAGAGUCAAAUGAUUUGGAGUGCUACUAUACCUUAGAAAAUUCAAUUAAAUAUGAAUUGCCUAGACUAAUAUUCGAUGAGAUUUUACUGCCUACUUAUUCUAAUGACUUUGGAAUAAAAAAUCAGUUGCUAUAUGAUAAAUUAUCUAUUUAUAAUCCUGAAAAUAUCCAAAAAGAGGAUGAUGGAUUUGGUUGGCUAAAAUUUGUCGAUACUUCCGCUGGUGAAUUGAAGAAAUUAACCAAGAAGAACGUGUUGCAGAGAGCAAUUCAAAAUAGAGAGUAUACUGAUAUUAAUUACGAAGGGAGUAGCAGAUUGAAGUAUUUAUAUGAUGAGGACAACUAUUCACCAUCUAACAAAUUAUUACUUGUAAAGGAGAGCAAUCAAUCAUUACCAUACAUUCCUGAACAAUUGAAAUCUAUUCAAACUACAGUUUAUGAAGAUAUGUAUAUUAAUGUUCUUAAGCCUGCUGCUGAACCAAAAGCAUCUGCUCCACCAAUAGAACUUUCCUGUCCAUCACAAUCCUUCAAAACUACUUGGGACCGUACUUUAUUCGAUAGUGAGGUUCGUUCAUCUUUAGUACCAUUAUCAUUGAAUGAGGAAGUUAGACUUUUAAGUCAUAAUAUUCCGUUACUGUCUUUCCCUAAGUCAGAUAUGUUGCCUACUGAACUCAACAAACAAAUUGACUAUUCUAACAUCCGUAUGCCUUCCAUGACUCGUUUCAUUACUGAAUCUGGAAAGUUAGCAAAAUUAGAUUCAUUACUUAAUGAGUUGAAGGCAAACGAUCACAGAGUGUUAGUGUAUUUCCAAAUGACAAAGAUGAUGGAUCUUAUGGAAGAAUAUUUAACUUAUAGACAGCAUAUGUAUAUCAGACUUGAUGGUUCUUCCAAGCUUGACGAUAGAAGAGACUUAGUUCAUGAUUGGCAAUCUAAGCCUGAAAUCUUUGUUUUCUUAUUGUCUACCAGAGCUGGUGGUUUAGGAAUCAACUUGACUGCUGCAGAUACUGUGAUCUUUUAUGAUUCAGAUUGGAAUCCUACUAUUGAUUCGCAAGCGAUGGACAGAGCUCACAGGUUAGGACAAACAAGACAAGUCACAGUAUAUAGAUUACUUACUAGGGGUACUAUUGAAGAAAGGAUGAGAAAUAGAGCAAAGCAAAAGGAACAAGUUCAACAAGUUGUUAUGGAAGGGAAGGCUGCAGCAUUCCCUAAGGAUGAAUCUUCAUCCAGUAGGAAAAAGGAUGUAGCCUUUUUAUUGAUGGAUGAAGAAGAUGAUACUAGUAGUAAUAUCGUGGUUAAAUCGAGUGCCAAAGGUGAAAAAAAUAGCUUAACUGGUCUUGAAGAAAUGUACCACGAAGGAGAGGGAAAAUUCUCCGGUACAGUGACGCCAAUGCUGUAA